GGGACAACGAGGCGUGUCGGUGCAGCUGGCGAGUAGCGUCCGAGCGGUUAGUGUGAUCCGGCGGUGUAUUGUUUUGCACAAAAUUCAACUUCCAAAAAGAAAUUCACGACUGCCAGCGGUAAUACGAGGCUGGUGGACGUCGACCUCCAUAUUCGGUCGACGUUUGUCCUUCAGCUGUCUCGUAUUUGACAGCCAGAGGUGGACUGAGAUCGACACAGAUUGACAUUUGGGGGAUAUCGUUAUUAGCUAACAGUUAGCUAACUUCUCCCUACAUACCAGCUGCCUCAGCGCUGUAUGUGCGGCAAUAACAUGUCAGCGCCUUUACCUGCCAUUGUGCCUGCUGCCCGGAAAGCCACUGCGGCGGUGAUAUUUCUGCAUGGCCUUGGUGAUACUGGGCAUGGCUGGGCAGAAGCUUUCGCAGGCAUCAGGAUACCACAUGUGAAAUACAUCUGUCCACAUGCCCCCACCAUGCCUGUGUCUUUGAACAUGAGAAUGUCCAUGCCUUCUUGGUUUGACAUCUAUGGGUUGAGCCCAGACUCAGAUGAAGAUGAGACUGGUAUUAAAAGAGCGUCAGAGAACAUUAAAGCCUUGAUAGACCAAGAAGUGAAGAAUGGAAUACCUUCGCACAGAAUUAUCCUGGGUGGAUUUUCACAGGGGGGAGCGUUGUCUCUCUACACAGCUUUGACAACUCAGCAGAAACUUGCUGGAGUGGUUGCUCUGAGCUGCUGGCUUCCCCUCCGCAACUCCUUCCCCCAGGCCGCUGCCAACAGUGCUAACAAGGACAUGCAUGUCCUACAAUGCCACGGUGAUGCAGACCCCCUGGUCCCCUUUAUAUUUGGCAGCCAGACAGCAGAGAAGAUGAAAGGUCUCAUUAAUCCUGCCAACAUCACCUUCAAGUCGUACCGGGGCCUACCUCACAGCGCCUGUCCAGAGGAAAUGGUGGAUAUCAAACGGUUCAUAGAGAAGCAGCUUCCUGCCAUCAGUGACGAAUGAACCCGGGAGUAUCCGUACGACCGCACAGCACCAUUAGAGUCCUCUGGGACCGACUCCAGGGCGACUCCGUGGACUCGAGGAACCACUGACUUACUUGACAAUAAAACCACGCUGCUAACUCAUAGAGCCAGACAGGACUGAGGUUGCCACACGUUAGCCCAGGAGAGGCAUGAGUGGAACGAUGCUGCAUCCUGACCUGGAGCCACACAUGAUCCUCAGUGUUACAGUAGAGUAACAUUAGUUGCUUGAUUGUAAAGCUAUUCGCCAUUGAGACAAGCCAUUACCAGGAAACGUAUGUAUUGGAAUAACUAGGGCUAUACUUUAUGGUUUAAUACUUACUACCUUACAAUAAAUGGCCUGUUGUUAAAUUUUUUUAAUUAAUGUAGUCUAUUUGUAGUAGCACUGAAAUUAGUCCAUUAGUCGAUUAAUUAAGGCAUUUAUCAAGCGAAAAUGCCAAACAUUUGUGGCUUCUACCAUCUCAGAUUUGAGGAUUUCCUGAUUUUCUGUGUUUUAAGUUAUUGUAAAUUGGAUAUUGUUUGAGUUUUGGAUUUGUCGUCAAAUCAAACAACCAAUUUAAAGUCACUAACUUGGGCUUUUCAUAACAUGUGAUUGGUAUUUUUCAGGUUAUUUGACAUCACAGAACAAUGAAUCUAAAAAAAAAAGGCCUAGCAAACAAAGCACAUAUCACAUUAAAAGUAUAUUAGAGCAGCUUAUUUUACCAUGAGAAAGUAUUGAAUAUUUUGUGAAUGUUCACAACACACGACAGCAAAAACAACAUACGAUUGUGCUUUAUUUAAUUUGUGAGAAUUCAAAUAGCUAUUUCACACAAAUAUCUUUUUAAAUACACAAAUAUAUCAGUGGUCAUG